AUGAUGAUGUUCGGUGUGACCGCGAUGCGUCUGCUAUAUAGGAACACGGUGCAGAUGCGGAAGUCCGAUCAUCACAGGAGUAGCUACCAGAUGGUGGAAUUCUCAUUGAAUUAUCGAGGAUUGGUGUUAGAUGAUUUCAUCGGGAACUUCGAGCCGCUUUUUUACGACCGCGGACACCUGGCGGAGGAGCAUGCUCGCCACAAGCGAUCUCUCAGGCUCAGAGAUGGCCCACACGCCGAUGACAUCCGUUUCCAAUUCACUGCUCACAACAGAUUGUUCAAGGUCCGAAUGCGGAGAGAUGCGUCCAUCUUCGCCCCGGAUGCUUCCUUGGAAUCCACCAAAGGCCCCAUCCUCUUUGAUAUCCAGCGCUUCUAUUCCGGUAGACUCGAAGAUGACGAGGAGACGGAGGUGAGGGGAUUGGUGACAGACGAAGGAAUAUUCGACGGGACAGUGAUCUCUCGGAAUGAGGUGUAUUACAUCGAACCCGCGUCCCGGUAUUUCCCGUCUUCAGACUUCCAUUCUGUGAUAUACAAAGAGAAGGACGUGCGGAACCCGGUUGGGGAGUCCCCGUGCGCCUCCCUCCGACUGCAUCUGCGACCCCCCACCUCUCCUUCGCCUUCAUCCCACAAUGCGACAGUGACUGUGAUAGACGAAGACCACCCGCAGCAGGAGCAGGAAUCUAGUCUGGGGGUGGCUGUCCGGACCCGUGGUCGCCGGCAAGCCCCGCCCAUCCGCUCCAAUCUCCUCGCUCAUUGGCUGCCGAAUGAGUCGCACGACCGACUCCGUGCACGCGCUCGUCCGACCGUCGUCAAGAGGAAGAAGAAGAAACAGCCCACAGACCCAAAGAAAAUCACCUGUAUGCUCUAUCUCCAGGCGGAUCAUUUGUUCUAUCAAGAGAUGGGCGACGAAGAGGCCUGCAUCCAUGCCAUGACCCGACAUGUCCAAAGGGUCAACAGCAUCUACAAAGUUACUGUUACAUCACACUACAGAACAAGAGAUGUGAGAAGACACACUUACCGCGCAGUACGUUGCAAAUGCGAAAAGCGAUUUGAACAGAGUACGAUUAAACGAGAGUAUCAGGCUGUUGUGUGGCGAUUCGACGCUGUUCCGCGCUUGUGUAUCUGGGAUGAAUUGAGGGAGACGAGGAGCUAUUUGUUUGCAGACUUUGAUGGAGACGGGGAGCAGGACGACAUAAACUUCAUGAUCAAGAGGAUCAAGGUUCAUACGACGGAGGCGUUGCAAGAUCCAAACUAUCGAUACCCUGGCAACUACGGCGUGGAAAAAUUCCUGGAACUCUUCUCUGAGGAGGACUACGACGCAUUUUGCUUGGCCUACAUGUUUACCUAUCGGGAUUUCGAAGGAGGAACCCUUGGCCUCGCCUGGACAGGGGAUCUGAAGAAUGCAGGCGGGGUCUGCGAGAAGAACGGGGUAAGCCCGAGUCCUGCUCAUCCUUUCAUGUCAUAA